CGACGUGGCAUGAAUAUUUAUUUUUGCAAUCGCCAGCGGUCGGACGUUCGGCUCGUCAGUCACGGAGAAAAGAACAGAUUUCCACCCUUUCUCACCCGAGUUUUUCGUGAACAUAUUACAAUUACCUGCUGAAUCACGGGCACAUGAUUUCAUUUGUUGGACAAACAUGGCAGCUGCAUUUUGAAACCCCCAACAGAACUUUCAGUCUCAUCGAGUGGACAAGGAUUCUACUUUCAAUUUUGCAGAGCUCCAUGUGGAUGUAAGGUUGACGUACCUUACCCUCUGUGAGAGUAUUUGCGUUUAUGCCUGGUGUGAAAUAUUUCUAGUGGAAAUUCCUCUCAAGGAUUCCCUGAGAUAAAAUCCCCCCUCCAUCGGAUCAUCAUGAGCGUAGGACCUCUCAUCGGUGAGAUAGCCUGCGUAUUUCUUCUCUCCGUCUACCUGCUCCACAAGUAUGGAGAUUGGCGCAAACAGCAUGUCUUGGUGACAGUAACAACAUUCGUCUCGUGGUAUUUCUCCUUCAUCAUUAUCUUCAUGAUCCCCCUCGAUGUCAGCACGACAUUUUACAGGCAAUGCAAGGAGAGCACACAGAAGCCACCCACUACCUUCCAAUCAACAACACUGAGCACUGUUGGGUUGCCUCAUCCUCUAAACAUGACCGUUGAGACUGCCCUUGUGAACACCACAAAGACUGACCCGGUCAAGAAUACCAUGACCUCCCGCAUGGCCCGCGAGGCUCCUGACGACAACGGCGAGGUGACCUGCGAGAAACCUUGGAGUUACAUCCCAAAGGAUAUCUUACCAGAUAUUUGGCUGAUUGUUUACUGGACAACCUUUAUACUGACGUGGGUCAUCAUGCCACUGAUGAAGUCCUACGCCAACGCCGGUGAUUUCACCAUCCGUGGUAAGCUCAAGACAGCCAUUAUUGAGAAUGCCAUUUGGUACGGCAGCUACCUGCUCAUCUUUGGAGUGCUUCUUAUUUAUGUCGCCGCCAACCCUAACCUGCCACUCGAUGGCACUAAGCUACAGGUGAUCUGCAUCACAGCCAGCAACACUUGGGGCUUGUUCCUGCUGGUCUUGCUACUGGGCUAUGGACUGGUGGAGGUACCUCGGCAGUUCUGGGCUCAGUCACGUAAAGGUUACCUCCUCAACUACACCUAUUUCCAGAUUGCCAAACUGAGCACCGAGCGAUCUGAAGCCACUGAGGAAUUGGAGGAUCUGUUAGAGGAUAUUCGACAAGCCUCAGAUGCGGUGCGUUACAAUCAUCCAAUCAGGAAACACGUCAACACCAUCAUCAGUAAGUGUCCGGAGAACUUCCAAGAGUCACUCACCAAACAUCUGGAUGACUUCAAGGACUACUCUGACAACAAGCCACAGAUACCAUCAGAGAAGGAGUUGGUACGGUUGCAUCGGAAGCUCAUCUUUGCCUCGCUGGCCAAGCGGAGAACAGACACACAAUGGGACAUGCUGAUGGAGAAAGCAUGUCACCUUGAAGACAUCCAGAGCAACGAAAAUAACCACACCAGAAAGUUCAAGCAUUCCUUUGACCCCAAGUACUCCUUCCUAGCUAGUUACAUCUGCUCGCCCACCGUGGAGUGGUAUUGGUUUGUCUGGCUGAUGCCUUCCAUGCUGAAGGUCAUAGCCAUUCUCCUGCUGCUCUUCUCUCUCAUGGUCGUCUGGUCAGAGGUCACCUUCUUCAGUAUUGAGCCGGAGCUCUCGCUGUUUGCCAUUUUCAUUGGUGCUGCCGCGAGGGAUUACAACUACCUCUGCAUUGAGCUCUUAUCCUGCCUCAUCAUUGCCUAUCUCUGCUGGUGUGCUUACUACACCGUCUUCAAAGUCCGAGUUUUCAACUACUAUUACCUUGCCCCCCACCACCAGACCGACGAAAACAGCCUCCUCUUCUGUGGCACGAUGCUGUGCCGGCUAACUCCAUCUCUUUGCCUUAACUUCCUGGGUCUCAUCCAUCUCGAUGGUCACGUAACUGGCAAAGAAGAUAUGAUUGAGACGUCAUACACCUCGAUCAUGGGUCGUCAUAUGGACGUUUUACCCUUCAUGGAGGCAGGGUUCUAUAUCUAUUAUCCUAUCACCGUGGUGCUUCUAUGCAUCGCUACCUACUUCCAUCUGGGCAGUAGGUGUCUCUCCUUCCUCGGAUUCCAACAAUUUGUUGGUGAUGAGGAUAUGACUACUGAUCUCAUGAACGAAGGACUGCAACUCGUCAAGCGAGAGAGGAGAAACCGACAGCGACAGAUUGAUGGAGAGCUUCGGAGGAAGAAUUUCCGGGAGCAGUUUCCAUCUCGGGAGAACGGGUCUGGACCCGUAAGCGGGAAUCGCUUUGGUCCCAAACCACGAGGCAGUGAUAGUGACACCAGCAGACAUAGCACAGGGUCCUUAACCACCAAAGCCAAGUAUAGUCGUAGGGAACCAGAGGAUUCUCGCGUUGAGUUACUGCGCGACAGUGAGCCUAUUGACUACAAUGAGGAAAGUGCAGCAGAAUUCACCGACAGCCUACCAGACUACAGUAGAAGGCACAGCAGCGGUCGCAGCACCAGUGGGUACUCAUCAGACACGGCCGCCGGACGUAGCACGGGCUUGGGUAAGCCCAGGGGAGCUAAAGGUAUCUUUGAUGAUGUUUGAGGAGGACCCUGAGAGUGAGAGCGGAUGCACUUGCCUAGCUACCAACAGCUGCUAACCCUGCCUUCCCAGAUCCUUCAAAAUCCACCAGGAGGUUUUGGAGGAUCUAGGAGAAUGGAACCUGUCCCUUGUUACUUUAUGCGGGACUGGAUGCUUCUGGAAAGAUGAAGUACAAAGAAGGUUAAGUACAGCUGGACAGUAUUUGGACAAUUUUAAAAUCCUCAGAAGGUUAGGGAAAAACUUGGCAGGCCAUUCUAAUGUGGGAGAAGCUAUUUACAAUGCAGCAGGGGAUCGUGGAAGUUCUGCAGCUUUCAUUUCAACUUUAGGAAAGGUCGCAGCAGUCCAAAAGAAUACACGGCACUUGUAGAAAAUUUCCAAAGGUGGUGUUUAGUUAUGAUGUUAAAAAAAGAGAAGCAAUCUUUACAAGUGUCAUUGUUAUGCAGCGGUGUGUUAGAAGUGCCAUCUACACCACAUAGUCUCACUUCAUCUCACCUUGCAUGGAGCAAAACUUGAACAUAUUUCCAUUGGUUGAAUACAGUGAUAUAAGUCCCUAUUGGACAUGGGUAAUAUUUUCGAAGACACUGGGCUCUAUUUUCAUUGAAGUUUGCAAGAAGUGUUUGUUAGGCCCACCAGAGGGUAACAAAAAUGUGAUUUAUUUAUGGCAUAUUUUAUCUCUAAUUGUAUGGGAAAAGGAAACUGGUUUUUAUUACUGAUUUUUGUUAUUGGUGAUUACGUCCAUUUUUAAUGGUUAAUGGGUUUUUGCGCACAUUUAGUAUUUAUUUAGAGGACCUACGGUCUACCACCAUUUAUCACAAGUCACCUCAAUAUUUGUGUAGACUAUUGAGUGUAUAAAUAAGAACAAUUUCCAAGAAGUAAAUUAACUGAAAAAUGACAACUUUACAUUCUGUUUUCUGCAUUGCAUUGCAGGAACCAGACAGGCUCGUCAAACUUAACAUUCUUCAUGACAGUUCUUGUAUGAUGCAGUAAAACUGCAGGACUGGGUUUUUUGGCCAACUUACCCAAACAAUGUUGACAUUUUAUUUAAUUAGGAAUAGUGUAUCCUCAAAAUGACAUCUGUACUCAGUCACUUUCAUAUCACUUCCUGCAUAAGCAGGAGUAGUGAUUUUUUGCUUGUUUGUUUGUUGUGAAGUAGAUUACUUCCAUGAAAUUGGACAACUUAGAUAUUGUACCUGCAGGUCAGUAUUAAUUGGAACAAACCUUGUGUAUUCAUUGUCCAAAGUUGAGGAAAGAAUGGCAUAUUUCGAAUAGGUGGUCAUUUGAAAUUUCGAUCAAAAUAUCCAUUUUGCUUGGAGUGCAGCCUUAUUCCUGCUAGAUGUGCUUCAAUCUGCCUCUGAUCAUGACCGUUUGUUCCGUUUCUAGCACUUGGUGUUUCUGUUAAGGAAUCUGUGAAGUACCGGUAAUGUCAAGUAAAACAGCCAUGGUAGGGAAACUCUGAUCAACCGAGAUGGGUUUACCGAACCUGAUCAGUGUGAUGUGUCUGGUUGGGUUAAAACCAGGUUCAGUACAGAUGCAAGGCAAGAGAACUACCAACACCCCAGCCUGAUACAUUGUCUUUGCUUUAAUAACAAAGACAAACUUAAUUUGACUAACGAUGACAAUGAUACAGUGUCCCAGAAAUAUCACUUGCACUUUGUGCUCAGAAGGAUGAGAAAACAGAUGCCACAAAUGUUGAUAAAAUUAAAGUAUUGUAAAUGAAAUAUUCGUGCCUGGUGCUUUCUGAGAGCAAUGUGAUGAAGAUAAAUUCCAGAUAAAUGUGCAAUAUAAUCUGUGAUAUGGGAAAUGAUUUGUUCCCCUUGUCAUAUUGGCCUAGACUCAUAUUUCCUAAUCUAAACAAUUUUCUCAAUUCUUGCUUGGUUGGCUUCUGUUAAUUUAUUGUCCCUGUAACUUUCAUUCAUGCCCACCACACCAAACUCCUAAAUCACAUCCUUUUCAAGAAAUUAAAUAGAAAAAGGACAAAUCGGUGAAGCCAUAGUUAAUACGUUUGGAAUUUCUUAAGGAAGUCCUAACAUCGUCGAGAUGCAAGAAGCUGUCCGUAAAAUUUGGAAUUUUGAUCUCAGUGUGAAUUUUGCAUGUUUGAUUAGCAGGCCAGUACUGUUAAGAUCAAAAUUUCACAUGCAACAUUUUUUUCAUUCUACACAUUCCAUCGUUCUUUUGUUUUCUUUUGAGAGACCUGUUUAUGAAUUGAUACAAAACAAGCUGUGAUUCAUCCUUCUAUUAAGUGUGGUUAUUUGGAAUAUAAGGACCAAUUUUGCUGCUUGAAAAUAAGCUGUAACUACGUGUACUAUAAUGUGAUGAAUGUAGUUCGGUUAUGUAAUAAAUAUGAUGUAUUGUAGUGACACA